GCCUGGUUUAAAUGUCUGCUAAUAUUCAAAGAGGUGAUAACCACACUUUGCAUCAUUCAAAGUAUAAAGAUAAGAUGAUUAGCCUGAGGUCAACUAUUAAUAACAUUAAGAGUGAGUUUAGCGAUAAGAAGAGAAUCAUUUGCACCAAUGAGAGGAUUAAUAACCUCACUGACAACGAGUUGCAAAACUGCAAUAUUGAGAUUGGGGAGAGUAAAUAGGACUCAGAAGUACAUCCCACUAACCAGAUAUAUCGAGAACCAGACUCUGGAGCAAGAUGAGGCUGAUAAUCAUGACAAUUAUGACAAAGAAAUCUCUUCAUUUAGACAGAAUGCCAAAUUUAACACUGAAGAGAAGGAAUUUAACCAGAAUGUAAAUGAUAACUCUGGCAGGCUUUCAUUCGGUCAGUUCAUGGAUUCCUUCGAGCAACAAAAGGAGGAAAUCGUUCGUGAAUGGAUGAAAAAGAAUAAUGUAGACUUCUUUGAGCAAACAAGCCAGUUUGAGCCAAAUAUAGCAAAGAAGGAAUAUGAAAUCCCCGACUAUUUACUUAACCAAGAUAAGGAGUCUAAGCUCAAGGAUCAAGAGUUUUCUAUCCGAGGGACGAAUUUGGAAAAGGAAGUUAUCCGGGAAAUAUUGUUAAAUCAGUUAAAAUAAGCUAGACCAGCACCAAGACUGAGAAUCGAAACUUCAGGCUGAAGUGAACCUGUUAAAGACAGAGUUAGAGUCUAUUAGGAAGGAAUUUAAGAAGAAAAUUAGUCAGUGAGACUCCCUGACUAAGGAAGUCCAUAAUUUAAAAGGCAAGGUUCGAGCAUAUCAGAAGAUGCUUAAGCAACAAAAGGGGUUUCAGAAUAAUUAUGAUCUUGAGGUGGAAUCACUUAAAGAUCAGCUAGAUAAUGAAGUUACGAAAAGGACGAAAAUAGAGAAGAAAGUUAGGAAGUUUAUAAAAUGGCUUCAUAAGGAUCAGAAGAUAUAUAUUGAAAACUUAAUAUCAAAGCUUGGUAUUGAGGAAGUAAGAAAGUCUAAGCACAGGCGGUCUUCUUCUUGAUGCUCGAAUAAUCAGUUUAAAAUGAUACAUUCUCAAAAUUCUAACAGAGCGAGUCCAUUUGAUUCAAGGAAAGAAGCUCCAUCAAUGAAUUCAAUUUCAUCCAAUAGAUUUAUAAGGAAAGUAUUUUCUCCUGGAAAUAUUGAUUCAAGUCAAAGGAUUUUGUCUAACAAUAAAGAGAACAUUAGCUGCAAUCAGAUGUACCCUUCUUUUGUGUCAGAGUCUAAGGACGUCUCUCAAAGUUAUAAGCCAAGACUUUAUUCAGUGAGGAAGAAAAUUAAAAAGUCUCGGAAGUAUUGCAAGAAUUAA